AUGGCUUAUGAAGCUUUUGAUACUCUGCUUCAAACCUUAGAUCGAAUUCUAAAGCAAGGCGAUGAUCGCGUCAUCACUCAUUCUGUUAAACAAGAAAUUUUAUCCAUCCGCGUCCAAGCUGUUGUCUUGCAGUUGAAUCUCAAACAUUAUCCAAACAAAGAAAGGAUCAGAGAGGCAGCAGUUUCAACCCAUGAGAUUAUUGAAUAUCUCUUCUCUGAAGAAAACCUUUCAGAUAGAGUCAGACUUGCGAACAGGCUGAGGAAACUAGCAGAGAGAUUGGAGUCAACCGUUGGAGAUGUGGUGGAUUGCAUCAAGGGUAAAGGCUCAGUCGGCAGUGUAACUGAUUCUGCCGAUGUUAGUUCAUCAUCAAGAUCAGCAAUCACAAGCAGCAAAGAUGAUGGUGUGGUUGGUUUAGAAGAAGAUGUGGAAGUGAUCAAGAAUCGGCUUUUAGAGAGAUCAUCCAGACUACGAGUCCUCCCAAUUGUUGGAACAGGAGGCAUUGGUCGGAGGUAUCUUAUUGUAAUGGACGACAUGUGGAGUAAGAAAGCUUGGGAUGAUGUAAGGAUGUUGUUUCCUGACUCCGGUAAUGGCAGUUGGAUCAUAGUAACCACAAGGCUGCAUGAUGUGGCUGCUUAUGUCGACUCUUCUAGUUCCAUUCAUACUAUGAGUGUGUUGGAUGCACAUCAUAGUUGGAAUUCGCUAGAGCAGAAGGUGUUUGCCGGUACAUACUUUCCUAUUGAACUAAAAGAUAUAGGGAAGAAAAUAGUUCAAAAUUGUGGAGGACUCCCCCUUUCAAUUGUGGUGGUGGCAGGACUUCUAUCUAAGGUUCAUACUCGAUCCUCAUGGGAGCAAAUUGCUGCAAAUGACGGGCAGCUUGAAUCAAUAAUUGGUUCGAGUUAUACUCAUUUACCCAAUCACUUGAAGCCAUGUCUUUUAUAUAUGGCUGGCUUUCCAGAAGAUCAGGAGAUUCGUGUUACAGAGCUUGUUAAUCUUUGGAUGUCCGAAGGUUUUGUAACACUUUCAAAUGGAUCUAAAAGCUUAGAAGAGGAGGCAGAAGAUUGUUUUGAGGAUCUUGUCGAGAGAAGUCUAGUUUUGGUCGCCAACAGGAAGUUUGAUGGGAAAAUAAAGAGUUGCAGCCUUCAUGAUAUUGUGCGGGAAUUUUGCAUAAGGCAGGCUGCAAAAGAGAAGGUAAUUCUUCCUGUUAUUGAUUAUUUACCUACUCCUAUCCUGCGAAGGCAUUUUGUUCCACGUCUCAUAAAAGAUCAUCACAGCAUAAGUACUACUUCCUAUGAUCUACUACAUCUCAAAGACUCUGUGCAUAGCUCACACAUACGCACCAUUAUAUGCAUCCCCAAGAAAGGGUUUAGGUCUGUGGGCAUUGUAGAGAAGUUUAGUUCAUUGAGGGUCCUUCAUGUUUUACGUAGAAGCGAUUAUUGGGACUGGGAGCCAGGUCAAGUGUUCGAUCUGGUUCAUUUAACUUACCUUGCUUCCAACAUUCCCAAUAAUAUAGUUCCUUCAGCCAUAUUAAAGCUUCAUAAUCUUCAAAUUUUAAUUAUUUAUAGAUCAGAGGUUCGUUUGCCUGUGGAGAUUUGGAGGUUGCGACAAUUAAGACAUCUUAUUGCAUUCUCAUUUCAACCCUUACCGAGCCCUGAGUGGGAACAAAAUCCCCUCGAUAACUUGCAGGCACUUUCGCUGGCAACAGACUUGGUGUGCAGUAAAAGAAUGGUGGAAAUGAUUCCAAACGUUAAAAAGCUGGGAAUAUGUUACUCCAAGGGGAAGUUUGAUGCGAAUGCAGGCUAUUGCCUCGACAAUCUUAAUUUGUUUUGUCAACUUGAGAAAUUGAAAUUGGAGAUGAGUGUUGGUUUUUUAUCGAGACAACUUGUUGAAACUGGAGGUCUAAACUUUCCUCUACAACUGAGAAGGUUAAUCUUGAGUGGUGGGAAGCUUCCUUGGAAUGAUAUGACCACCAUUGGUUCAUUACCUAAUCUUCAAGUGCUUAAACUAAGAAACUAUGCUUGCAAAGGCAGUUACUGGAUGACAAUUGAGGGAAAUUUUCGUGAGCUGAGACUCUUGCUAAUUGACCGAUCAGGUUUGGUUGAUUGGAUAACUGAAGGUAGCCACUUCCCGAGACUCGAGUGCCUAAUACUUCGUCGGUGUCGUGUUCUAUAUAGGAUUCCACGUAAUAUUGGAUACAUUCCAACACUGAAGCUGAUUGAGGUCGAGAAGUGGCACAUGCGUAGUCUUUUAAGCUCGGCAGCACUGAUAGAAAAAAUGCAACGAAAUUCUGGAAAUGAUAGCUUUCAAGUUCGUGUGAAGCAUUCCUGA